AUGGUUAAUUCUUUAUCCACCGCUCACCACUUCAUCAGCAUUAAGUUGACCUACAAGAACUACCUAUUUUGGAGAGCCCAGGUUGUUCCUUUUCUUGAUGGUCACGAUCUUCUUGGAUUUGUUAAUGGAACGAAUCCAUGUCCUCCAGCCACCCAAACCGGCGUCAGCGAUGAUACGGCAACUACGCAGCUCAAUCCGUCGCAUCGUGCGUGGGUCCGGCAGGACCAAGACUUAUUGUCCAUGUUGAUGUCAUCCUUCUCCGAUGAGGUCAUGCCUCUGGCCAUCGGCCACCGCACCAGCCUGGCUGUCUGGACUGUUGUGGUUGGUGCACUCGCGUCGUCUUCCCGCUCCCGGGGUCUCAAUCUACUCAGAAAAUUGCAGACACUCGAUCAAGGAGACAUGUCUGCGACUGACUACAUCGGCAAGGCUAGGGUUUUAGUGGAGGAGCUCGCUCUCACCGGCCGCCCUAUGACACUCGAAGAACAAAAUCUUUACGUUCUUCACGGGUUACGCCCAGAGUUCAGGGGUCUCGUAUCGUCUCUCAACAUACGCGGCCAGCCUAUUACUCUCUAA